AUGUCGGAUUGGAGACAGUUUAAGGUCAAGCAACCUGAAAAACGAAUGGCAAAACCAUGGACUGAGAAAGGCAAAGGCGAGUCAAAGGAUUUGAAGGACGAAAUCAUAGUUCAGAGAAUGAGCUCCGAAGUGACAGGAAAACAGCAGAAGUAUACUCGAAUUGGCCCACAAGA